ACGCUGUCGGCGAAGCGGAAGAUGCGACAGUUACUAUUUACGGGGUUCAAUGCAUUUGGGCAGCACAAUGGAAGCAACACUGACCGCAUUUCCGGUCGCGUCACUGCCUUAACCGAAAUUAGCGUACCCGGGCAUGACGCGGGUAACGCUAUAAUUGCGUUGAGCUGGCGUUAUACCGCAUAUGCUGUGGGCACUAAGCUAUGGCUGCGCGGACUCUUCAACUUGGUGCCUGGGGAAUGCCUGGAAGUGGAGGCACCUGCGAGUAUAAAAGCGUUAGCCGCUUGCGAUUCACAUUGCCUGGUGCUGCUGCAGAAUGGCGAGCUGUACAAGCUGCCAGCCAAGAUGAAUGCAACAUUGCAACACAUCAAAUUGGAAACAACCCCCACAACAAGUGCAGCCACAAAGCGAACUAUUUUUGGUACACCUAAGCUAGCUAGGGACGCCUCACACGACAUCACUCACAUAGCCUGUGGCACGCAUAUUAAUGUGGCCAUAAGCGCUAACAACGCCGUGUACAGCAUACCCAGCUGCUUGCAUCAGUUCCCGCAACGUCAAUGGCGGGUCCAACAGUUGGAGUGCGGACACGAGCAUGCCCUGUUGCUGAACGGCAAUGGCGAUGUCUACAGCUGGGGCAAUGGACUUCGUGGACAACUAGGCCACGAAACACUAGCUGUAGUGGAGACGCCACUGUUGCUGGAGGCGCUGGCGGGCAUUAAGAUAACACACAUUGCCGCUGGUGGCUGGCAUAGCGUAGCCAUCUCUGCAUUUGGGGAUCUCUAUACGUGGGGCUUGAAUUGCAAAGGUCAACUGGGUGUGCGCGUUAUGAAACCCGAUGGUUUGCUAAAAGAGCCCACGGUUUAUCCAUUGCCUCAGCUGCAUGAUUUGCCAGACUGUUGCGGGGUAGAGAAUGAUGCCUGUGCGCCUCUAAAAGUAUUUGCAGGUUCACGUCACACAUUGCUCCUGCGCAGCUGUGGCAGACUCUGGGCUAGUGGCUGGUGUGCCCACGGCCAGCUGGGCACGCAGCCCACUAAAUUGGAAUACUUGGACAUAUUUCAAGCUGUACGAGAUACGCCUAAGGGUAAUAAUUAUACUGUGUUUUGUGGUCCGUGGUCCAGCUUGAUUGCCUUGUGUGAGUAAAUAUGUUUUAUAUUCUUUA